CAAACAUCACUGACAGUUGCUUGAUAAAAACCACACAAGAUAUACUCGUAUUGGUACUGAAAUAUUUAUUACACUCGCUAGUAUUGCCACUAAACUUGUAACGGCUCGUAAAGAAAAUUUUGUAGCACCCUUUGCUGUACGCAAUAAAGGCGUGUGGCCAGCUGAAAGUUUGGAAGGCCCAGCGACUGUCCGCGGCAGCUCAGUAGACUACGCCGCGGCGCUGCUGCUUGCUGCAAUGGCUGCUGUUCUUCUAGCCGCUGUGGGCUACCAAUGUGCUGCUACCUGGAGGUGGAUCAUGGGCAGAUCACUUUGGUGUAGGACACGUCGAGACUCGGAGGAGAGUAACUGCGACUCCCUCUCUCGCCAAGCUGCCAUCCGCAUCAGUCACUCUCUACCUGAUCUGCAGACUGAGCCUCUGAAGCAGGAGUACGUUCAGGAGCAUAAGGAUCCUGCUAAGAAGGUUCUUCGCCAGACGACCCUGCCAAUAGUGCCAACGCGUCACCAGACCUUCCAGCGCCAGUUGUCUCAUCGUCUCGACCUGCCCUCGAUCCAGUUCAGCAUUUGCAGCCUGGAGCGAGCUGAUUCUUCUAUUGGACUAAUUAAGCCGGAAUUGUACAAGAACGAGUUAGUUCGCCAGUCGUCCACUGAGAGUGCUGAACUCGAGUUCUGCGGCAAGCUGCACUUCGCACUCAAAUACGACCAGGAAGUUGAGGCUCUCGUUGUCAAGAUAUUCGAGGCUCGUGAUCUCCCCAUCAAGGACGUGACGGGCAGCAGUGACCCUUACAUCAAGGUCUUCCUACUCCCUGACCGUAAGAAGAAGUUCCAGACCAAGGUCCAUCGCAAGAACCUGAACCCUGUGUUCAAUGAGACCUUCUUGUUCAGCGUUCCAUACGAGGAGCUACGUCAGCGCUACAUCCAAUUCUCUGUGUAUGACUUCGACCGGUUCAGCCGACAUGAUCUGAUCGGCCAUGUGGUCCUCAAAGGUCUGCUGGAGUCUGCUGACCUGCACCAGGAGAUUGAGUAUACCAUGAACAUCCUGGCUGCUCCACAGGAGAAGAAAGACCUUGGGGAGCUGAUGCUUUCGCUGUGCUACCUGCCGACUGCAGGCCGACUGACUGUCACCGUCAUCAAGGCUAGGAACCUCAAGGCUAUGGACAUCAAUGGAUCCUCAGAUCCCUACGUCAAGAUCUGCCUGAUAUGCCAGGGUAAGCGCAUCAAGAAGAAGAAGACGACUGUAAAGAAGAAUACUCUGUCACCGGUCUACAACGAGGCCCUGGUCUUCGACCUUCCAGCAGAAAACGUUUAUGACGUCACGCUGCUGGUCAAAGUCAUUGAUUAUGACAGGAUUGGCCCCAACGAGUUGAUCGGCUGCUCUGCAAUUGGAUCUACUUUGAUUGGCAUCGGCCGCGACCAUUGGCUGCAGAUGCUGGACAACCCUCGCAAACCAGUGGCGCAAUGGUAUCCCCUGAACAAAAGCCCUCCGGCUAACAUCACGAUACCUAGCAAUGAUGCCCAGAAUUCUGGACUUAGCUGCUUGAAUGGAAGAUGAAGAGAUGGAAGACAAAGGACUGAAGAUUAUCACCAUCAAUUAACGGUGUCGACUCCGUGACGUCACUUAGCAGGUAUACUCGCGAUGCCAAAACGUCUUAUACUCGUAGUAAGUUAAUGUGAUUAUAUAUUAAACGGUUGUAUGUCCAUUUACCGUAGAAAAGAAAUGAAUCAAAAAUCAAUGUUAAGUGAUAUUGAAACGUAGCGAAAGCGUAUAUGUUAAAGCGAAAUUAUGUAUGUAGACAUAGAUAUAUGUUGAUGUAGAAAAAAAUGAAUUUAUCCAAUAGACGUUCUAAUUGUUUAUAGAUUGAAUAUUAUUUGUAGUAAGUAGUUUUGGAAUAAUCCAAUGUUCUCAUAUCAUUCUCAUACAUUUCCUACGUCUGUACUUUACUGACCAUGUAUUUUAUCAAGGCUAUAUACAAUGUUACUUCUAUUUAUACCUUGGAAUACGCACACUUCAAAUUCAAGACUUAUCACACAUGUACAUAUUAUAUACUUAUUAAUGUUGUAUAGUUGUUGUCUUUAACGAUACGCGUAUUUUAACCUGUCGUCAUAUCUUGUAAAAUCUGAUACGUUAAUCUGAAUUCAAAGUAUAUAUUCAGCAGAGUUGAAAUUCCUUUAAACAAUGAAUGUUGCAAACAUUCUUUUGUCGGACAAUAAUGUAGAUGGAAAAUAAAUAUAAUAUGAAUUAUAUAUGCGACAAAAUAAAACUAUGUUUUUCAGAGUAACAGCACAAUAUAUGAAGAAUAUCAUUUGUUAUAUAUUAUAUAUGUUACUUGAAAUUGUAAGAUGAAAAUGAAGCUUUAAAUCGUUUUAAAAUUAAAAUAUAUCUAAAAUAUAAUAUCAUGUAUUUAAAGUAUGUAUUGUAUAUGAAUAAAUUUAAAAUUACAUUAAUAUAAAAAAAUAUGUUUAUUGGAAAAUGAACAUUGGAGAUUGAUUUAUGGAGCAGUCAAUGUACAUUUUUCAUGUGGAGCAAGAUAUGAAAUACUAUAAGCGGCGGCGCUGCCGUCGCGUCGAUUUUAAAAUAUUAUCUUUAAAUUGACAUAUUUAUUACUGUGCACAUAAUACACGGAGCGUGUGUUUUUAAAAUUGAAAGAUUAUUGUUAAAAGUAAUUUAUUUCGAUUCACAUGAAUACCCUAUCUUUUUCAAUUGGAUGUAGCUUAAAUAAAAAACUUUGAUAUUAUUCAAUUAUAUGGCUAUUUUACGAAACCUGUACGUUCUGGGAAGUAUUUAUUGAUGUAUACCCUAUAUACUUAGACAUAAGAGUAAUUUUAAGGUUAGAUACCCUCUCUAUGCUGCUAAUUUUCUACUGUUAUUGUAUUGUGUCAUUAAAAGUUCAAGAUUUUCCUAUAAAAAAAAGAUUAUAUUUUUCCUACGACUUUCAAUGAUUAAUGGUACUUUGCGGAUUUUGUGACGAACGGAAUCGGAAAGUAAUUAUUUGGCGAUGACGUGCUAAAUCAACGUUCAAGGAUUUUUAUCCACGUAUUUAAAGAUGAAAGAUCAAAAAUAUUUUGUAAACUGUAAAUAAUUAUAAAAUGCAAAGAUUUUUUUGUUUACGAGGUAAAAGCUUUGUAUUUGUAUAAUCGUGAGUUUUCCUCGAAAAAUCUUUCUGUAUUUUACCGAAAUAUAUCGUAUUUACGAAAUACCCAGAGGCCCUGUAAUUCUCACUUCCUGGCACAUUGUUGUCGGGGCAAUUUUAUAGCAGAGAAUUCUGUUUUAUUCUUUGAGAUAAUUUAAAGCAAGUUGCAUCUUUCAGUGCACAUAUAUAAAGGGUGGUUCUCGUCAGACAUUUCGGUCAUUGACCUUUGUAAAAAUACUCUGGACGAGUAAAUUACACAUAUUCUUUUUAAAGUUAUUUAUUAUGGACAUUAUAAUGGAAAUGACAGUACAAGAGAUGGUUGAAUGAGAGGCAAUAUUUUUGUAUGAGACUAGGAUACUUGUCGUAAACGUUGCUAAGUCUUUAUACUGUAAAACUGUUUAGAUUUAAGUGAAUGUAAGUAAUUAUACUGAUUUAUGAAUAAAAUGUUGACAUUUUUAA